CAACGUUGUAUUUUUGUUGUCAAAUAUUGGUUGGGAAAUGACCAAAAUUCGAUGGUCAAAUCAACGUCAGAACCCGACUGUGGUGGGCGUGGCCUGCGCACCUACAGCGAAGCGGGGUGUGGCAGAACCGGCUUCGAGAUUAGCGACAGGUGAGUGGAUGACACAGCUGAAAGUGUUUGUCUAAUCACCUGUCGCUCUGUUAAAGGCAGCAGUCGGGAAGGAGAUUGGAUUGGUUGGCGGUGAAGCACGAGCACGAGUGAGACAAAGACUGACGAGGACAAAUGCUGAAAAGCACCAAGACGUUAUUGAAAAAUGUGACAGUCGCUUGCUGCCGUGCGGGUUCCCAGGACCAUCAAGGAAGGACAUCUCGCUUGAGCAGGUGUGAUGCUUUGCUGGCAUCGUGGUGCGGGUUGGUUCUCUCAAGGAUGCAGUCGGAUUGGACACAGCGUGAAGACUGCAGAGUGCUGGGUCGCCCGCUGCUUCCCAGGGCGACGUACCCCGGCUUGUCUAAGCCGGCCCGAAGGAUGUGCGCAGUACGGACCGCUGCUGAAUCCCGGUGAACGCACGGCGUCUCAUGUCACAAACGGCGGAAGGAUGGCUCAUGGGAAAGUGACCAUCACGGUGGAUGAGUACAGCUCCAACCCGACACAGGCCUUUACGCAUUACAACAUCAACCAGAGCCGCUUCCAACCUCCACACGUCCACAUGGUGGACCCGAUCCCCUACGACACUCCCAAGCCAGCCGGCCACACCAGAUUCGUGUGCGUAUCGGACACGCACUCGCGUACAGACGGCAUCCAGAUGCCCUACGGGGAUGUGCUGCUCCACAUGGGGGACUUCACUGAGCUGGGCCUGCCCUCCGAGGUUAAGAAGUUCAACGACUGGCUAGGUGGCCUGCCUUAUGAAUUCAAGGUGGUGAUCGCCGGGAACCACGAGCUGACCUUCGACAAGGACUUUAUGGCCGAGCUGGUCAAGCAGGAUUACUACCGCUUCCCCUCGGUCUCCAAACUCAAACCGGAGGACUUUGAUAACGUCCAGUCGCUCCUCACAAACUGUGUCUACCUGCAAGACUCGGAUGUCACCAUAAAGGGAUUCCGGAUAUACGGCACGCCAUGGACCCCGUGGUUUAACGGCUGGGGCUUCAACCUGCCCCGGGGCCAGUCUCUGCUGGACAAAUGGAACUUGGUCCCGGAGGGCGUGGACAUCCUGAUGACCCACGGUCCUCCGCUGGGUUUCAGAGACUGGGUCCCUAAAGAGCUGCAGAGGGUCGGCUGUGUGGAGCUGCUGAACACGGUGCAGAAGAGGGUGCGACCCAAACUCCAUGCAUUUGGAGGAAUACAUGAAGGCUACGGCAUCAUGACGGACGGUUACACCACCUUUGUCAACGCCUCCACCUGCACCGUCAGCUUCCAGCCCACCAACCCCCCCAUCGUGUUCGACCUGCCCAACCCCUCCAGCUCCUGAGACCAGAGGACGUGGAGGCGAGGGACGAAUAUUUGGGACGAACUUCAUUUUUUUGUCUACAAAAGUGUCCAUGGAGGGGGAGAAAAAAAACUGGAUAAAAAAAGACAGAAUAUUUUUUUUUUUUGUUGAGUUUUUUUGGGGUCUCUCCAAUGUGUUGAGAACAUUUGGAGACGUGGACUCGGGGGGACGCACACACGUCAGCACUAAAGGAGAAUAUCGGUUUGUUUUUCUUGGUUUCCUUUUGCUGCACACAAUCAUGUUUUUUUAUUUCAACUUUACCUAAAAUAAAUGUUUCAUCUCAGAA